GCGGCGGGUCUGGCUGGCGGCGGCGGGCGGGAGGCGAGUUCCCCGUGUGCACGUGUGGAGAAGCUGCUGCACUAGCGCGGCAGCGGGAGGUACCUCCGCCCCCUCCGGAGACGCAGGGCCGCGCUAAACUCUCGCGGCCUCCGUCACCCGCUCAGCUCCUUGCCUUAGGCUAGGAGGCCGGCUUGCGGGGUUGAGUGGCCUGAGCUGAGGGCGCGGAGAGCUCAGGGCGGCGACGACAACGGCGUUGAUAUCGGCGGUAACAACGGCCUCAGCAGGCGGGGAAGAUGAAAGGUAGCCGGAUCGAGCUGGGAGAUGUGACACCCCACAAUAUUAAGCAGCUGAAGAGAUUAAACCAGGUCAUCUUUCCAGUCAGCUACAAUGACAAGUUCUACAAGGAUGUGUUGGAGGUUGGCGAACUAGCAAAACUUGCCUAUUUCAAUGAUAUCGCAGUGGGUGCAGUGUGCUGUAGGGUGGAUCAUUCACAGAAUCAGAAGCGGCUUUACAUCAUGACACUAGGCUGUCUGGCGCCAUACCGAAGGCUAGGAAUUGGAACUAAAAUGUUAAAUCAUGUCUUAAACAUCUGUGAAAAGGAUGGCACUUUUGACAACAUCUAUCUGCAUGUCCAGAUCAGCAAUGAGUCUGCAAUUGACUUCUACAGAAAGUUUGGCUUUGAGAUUAUUGAGACAAAGAAGAACUACUAUAAGAGGAUAGAGCCAGCAGAUGCUCAUGUGCUGCAGAAAAACCUCAAAGUCCCUACUGGGCAGAACGCAGACGUGCAAAAGACAGACAACUGAACAAAUUACAGAUGAACUUUUCUUGCACUUGCUUGUCGCCAAAUAAAAGAGAGGCCCAUUGAU